AUGCUUAUUCUAUUAGUUUCCAGUCAACGGGGACAAUCGAUACACUUGCUAGAUCUUCAGCAUGUUACCAUGGAAGAAGAUAAUUAUUCCUUUGACCUCGCUGAGCAUAUCAAGACUAGUACUCCCAGGAGCCCACAUACGAAGAUUGACAUUUCCGUUUAUGAGCCAGACAGUACAAUUUGCCCUUUGGCCUGUCUGAAAGCAUAUAUUAACAAGACAAAGAACUUGCGUAAUAGCGAAACUCAAUUGUUUAUUAGUUAUGUAAGGCCCCACAAACCUGUCUCUCGGGACACGGUUUCAAGGUGGACUAAAGAAACUCUUAGAAUUUGUGGGAUUGAUACCAAUGUGUUCACUGCACAUAGCACAAGGUCAGCAUCUGUUUCCAAAGCAAAUGAAAAGGACGUCCCUAUCCACGAGAUCAUGGCUAACGCGGGCUGGAAGUCCGCAGAGACCUUUUCGUAA